GGCGUGCUGCACGCCUGACUUGUGGGGAAAACUCACUCAUGUCCACCACCAACUGGUCCAGACUCCUCCCCCAUGUCCUGAUGCACGACACCAGCCGCCUGCUGAAAGGUGACACUCCAUGGGCCCAGUUCCCUUAGUCACCCUGUGGGAGCCUGUCAGACCCGCAGGAGAAUGGAGCUGGUGGCCGUGUCCGCAGAGAUGAUUUUCUGUGAAUGAUCCUACUUCUUUUUCUAUCUUGUCUGAUUUUCUCCUGCCUGACAUUCUCCUGGUUAAAAAUCUGGGGGAAAAUGACGGACUCCAAGCAAGUCAUCAAGAGUAAAUCGAAAGUGAGGUUCACCCCAAAUCAGGAGCCUCUUCCAUCCUCAGACAGCUCCCAGGAGCCACGACAGGCAAAUGACAACAGUAGCUCUUUGCCAAAGACCACUGACCAGAUUGAGCCAGCCUCCAGCAAAGGUCCCAAAGAUGUCUCUUGGCCAAGAAACUCUCAGCCACCCCCACAGCAGAAUCCCCAAGGAGACCCCCCUUUCUCCGAUGACACCUCCCCAGCACACCAAGCCAAUGGGACCGGUACCAAAGCUGUGGAAGCCCCGAAUACCAAUGACUUGUCCUCACCAGCCAAACCCCAGGGCCAGCGAGUGAAAACCCUUUCCAAAGAAGACAAGAAGCAGGCGCACAUCAGAAGGCAGCUGAUGACCAACUUCAUCCUGGGCUCUUUUGAUGACAACUCCUCCGAUGAGGACUCUGGCACUGGCUUGUUCCGAGAGUCUUCCCGGAGGGGCAGCCGGCCCAGCCUGGGGACCCUGUCCCUGGAGGCUGCUCUGAUCGCAGGCGAGACUGAGACCCCCGUCUCCACUAUAAGGUCCAGCAUGUCAGGGCUCCACCUGGUAAGAAGAGGCCGGGAACAGAAGAGGCUGGACCUGCACAGAGACUUCACUGUGGCUUCCCCAGCCGAGUUCGUCACGCGCUUUGGAGGGGAUCGGGUCAUCGAGAAGGUGCUCAUCGCCAACAAUGGCAUUGCCGCUGUGAAGUGCAUGCGCUCCAUCCGCAGGUGGGCCUACGAGAUGUUCCGAAACGAGCGGGCCAUCCGGUUUGUAGUCAUGGUGACCCCCGAGGACCUCAAGGCCAACGCAGAGUAUAUCAAGAUGGCAGAUCAGUAUGUCCCCGUCCCAGGAGGGCCCAACAACAACAAUUACGCCAACGUGGAGCUGAUUGUGGACAUUGCCAAGAGAAUCCCCGUGCAGGCGGUGUGGGCUGGCUGGGGCCACGCUUCUGAAAACCCCAAACUUCCGGAGCUCCUGCACAAGCACGAGAUUGCUUUCUUAGGCCCUCCCAGUGAGGCCAUGUGGGCCAUGGGAGACAAGAUCGCCUCCACCAUCGUGGCCCAGACGCUGAAGGUCCCAACGCUCCCCUGGAGCGGAAGUGGUCUGACGGUGGAGUGGGCGGAGGACGCCCUGCUGCAAGGGCAAAGAAUUAGCAUCCCCGAGGACAUUUACGACCAGGGUUGCGUGAGAGACGUAGACGAGGGCUUGGAGGCAGCAGAAAAAAUUGGUUUUCCCUUGAUGAUCAAAGCUUCUGAAGGAGGUGGAGGGAAAGGAAUCCGAAAGGCGGAGAGUGCAGAGGACUUCCCCAUCCUUUUCAGACAAGUGCAGAGCGAGAUCCCAGGCUCCCCGGUCUUUCUCAUGAAGCUGGCCCAGCACGCCCGUCACCUGGAGGUCCAGAUCCUCGCCGACCAGUACGGGAACGCCGUGUCCCUGUUUGGACGUGACUGUUCCAUCCAGCGGAGGCAUCAGAAGAUCAUUGAGGAGGCGCCGGCUACCAUCGCCAUGCCGGCCGUGUUCGAGUUCAUGGAGCAGUGCGCCGUGCUCCUGGCCAAGACUGUGGGCUACGUGAGCGCAGGGACGGUUGAAUACCUCUACAGCCAGGAUGGCAGCUUCCACUUCUUGGAGCUGAAUCCCCGCCUGCAGGUGGAACAUCCCUGCACGGAGAUGAUCGCCGAUGUCAACCUGCCGGCCGCCCAGCUACAGAUCGCCAUGGGCGUGCCGCUGCACCGGCUGAAGGAUAUCCGGCUUCUGUAUGGAGAGUCCCCAUGGGGGGUGACGCCCAUUUCUUUUGAAGCUCCUUCCAACCCUCCCCUUGCCCGAGGCCACGUCAUUGCAGCCAGAAUCACCAGCGAAAACCCAGAUGAGGGGUUUAAGCCAAGCUCCGGAACAGUCCAGGAACUGAAUUUCCGCAGCAGCAAGAAUGUGUGGGGUUAUUUCAGCGUUGCCGCCGCGGGUGGCUUACACGAAUUUGCCGAUUCCCAGUUUGGGCACUGCUUCUCCUGGGGAGAGAACCGGGAAGAGGCCAUCUCGAACAUGGUGGUGGCUUUAAAGGAACUGUCCAUCCGGGGUGACUUCAGGACCACCGUGGAAUAUCUCACUAAUCUCCUGGAGACCGAGAGCUUCCAGAACAAUGACAUUGACACCAGCUGGUUGGAUCACCUUAUUGCCGAGAAAGUGCAGGCCGAGAAGCCAGAUAUCAUGCUCGGGGUGGUGUGCGGAGCCUUGAACGUGGCCGACUCGAUGUUCAGAACCUGCAUGACUGAUUUCUUACACUCACUGGAAAGGGGCCAGGUCCUCCCCGCAGCCUCUCUCCGGAACAUUGUGGAUGUGGAAUUAAUUUACGGAGGCGUGAAGUACAUUCUUAAGGUGGCCCGGCAGUCUCCGACCAUGUUCGUCCUCAUCAUGAAUGGCUGUCACAUCGAGAUCGAUGCCCACCGGCUGAACGACGGGGGUCUGCUGCUGUCCUACAACGGUAACAGCCACACCACCUACAUGAAGGAAGAGGUCAACAGUUACCGCAUCACCAUCGGCAACAAGACAUGUGUGUUUGAGAAGGAGAAUGAUCCCACGGUCCUGCGAGCCCCUUCGGCGGGGAAGCUGAUGCAGUACAUGGUGGAGGAUGGGGGCCACGUCGAGGCUGGGGGCAGCUACGCUGAGAUCGAGGUGAUGAAGAUGAUCAUGACCCUGACCGUGCAGGAAAGUGGCCGGGUGAAGUAUAUCAAGCGCCCGGGGGCUGUGCUGGAAGCGGGCUGUGUGGUGGCCAGGCUGGAGCUCGAUGACCCUUCUAAAGUGCACUCAGCUGAGCCAUUCAUGGGAGAGCUCCCCGCCCAGCAAACGCUGCCCAUCCUCGGAGAGAAACUGAACCAGGUUUUCCACAACGUCCUGGAGAAUCUGACCAAUGUCAUGAACGGCUACUGCCUGCCGGAGCCUAUUUUUAGCAUCAAGCUGAAGGACUGGGUACAGAAGCUCCUGAUGACCCUCCGGGACCCGUCGCUGCCGCUGCUGGAGCUGCAGGAGACCAUGACCAGCUUGUCAGGCCGCAUCCCUGCCCCUGUGGAGAAGGCGGUCCGCAGGGUGAUGGCCCAGUAUGCCAGCAACAUCACCUCGGUGCUGUGCCAGUUCCCUAGCCAGCAGAUAGCCACUAUCCUGGACUGCCAUGCGGCCACCCUGCAGCGGAAGGCUGACCGCGAAGUCUUCUUCAUGAACACCCAGAGCAUCGUGCAGCUGGUCCAGAGAUACCGCAGCGGGACCCGCGGCUAUAUGAAGGCGGUGGUGUUGGAUCUCCUGCGAAAAUAUUUACUGGUUGAGCACCAUUUCCAACAAGCCCACUACGACAAGUGUGUGAUAAACCUCAGGGAGCAGCUAAAGCCAGACAUGUCGCAGGUGCUGGACUGCAUCUUCUCCCACGCGCAGGUGGCUAAGAAGAACCAACUGGUGAUCAUGUUGAUCGAUGAGCUCUGUGGUCCAGACCCCUCCCUGUCGGAUGAGCUGACCUCCAUCCUCAACGAGCUCACUCAGCUGAGCAAAACCGAGCACUGCAAAGUGGCCCUCAGAGCCAGACAGGUCCUGAUUGCCUCCCACCUCCCCUCCUACGAGCUGAGGUACAACCAGGUGGAGUCCAUUUUCCUGUCUGCCAUCGACCUGUACGGCCAUCAGUUCUGCCCGGAAAACCUCAAGAAAUUAAUACUCUCAGAAACGACCAUAUUUGACGUCCUGCCAACUUUCUUCUAUCAUGCUAACAAAAUCGUUUGCAUGGCAUCCUUGGAGGUUUAUGUGCGGAGGGGCUACAUCGCCUAUGAGUUAAACAGCCUGCAGCACCGGCAGCUCCCAGAUGGCACCUGUGUGGUGGAAUUCCAGUUCAUGCUGCCCUCCUCCCACCCAAACCGGAUGGCCGCCCCCAUCAGCGUCACCAACCCUGAACUGCUGAGACACAGCACGGAGCUCUUCAUGGACAGUGGCUUCUCCCCACUGUGCCAGCGGAUGGGAGCCAUGGUCGCCUUCCAGAGAUUCGAGGAUUUCACCAGAAACUUUGAUGAGGUCAUCUCCUGCUUCACCAAUGUGCCCAAGGACACCCCCCUCUUCAGCAAGGCCCGCACUACCCUGUUCUCCGAGGACGACAGCAAGAGUCUCCGAGAAGAGCCGAUCCACAUCCUGAACGUGGCCAUCCAGUACGCGGACCACCUGGAGGACGAGCAGCUGGUGCCGAUUUUCCGGACAUUUGUGCAGUCCAAGAAAAACAUCCUUGUGAAUUGUGGACUCCGAAGAAUCACAUUCCUAAUAGCCCAAGAGGUCAGUCCGAUUCUCAACGCACCUGUCAGCCGAAUUGGGUACAUCAGCCCUCCGUAUCUGCGGACUCCACAUUCGCGGAUUCAGCCAACCACCGACGGAAUCUCCGAGGCACUAAACCUGCUAAAACACCAGGGGGUGCAGGAGAGUGGGGCAUGGAUCAAGCAGGCACCCAGCCCAGCACCCAGCUCCGCGUGUGCCUGUGUGUCCGUCUGGUUUCUCUCUCCGGUCGGCCUGCAGUUUGCGGAAGACCGCAUCUACCGUCACUUGGAGCCGGCCCUGGCCUUCCAGCUGGAGCUCAGCCGGUUGCGGAACUUCGACGUGACCGCCAUGCCCUGCGCCAACCACAAGAUGCACCUCUACCUGGGCGCCGCCAGAGUGAAGGAGGGCGUGGAGGUGACCGACCACAGGUUCUUCAUCCGCGUCAUCAUCAGGCACUCCGACCUGAUCACCAAGGAAGCCUCCUUCGAGUACCUGCAGAACGAGGGGGAGCGGCUGCUCCUGGAGGCCAUGGACGAGCUGGAGGUGGCGUUCAACAACACCAGCGUGCGCACCGACUGCAACCACAUCUUCCUCAACUUCGUGCCCACCGUCAUCAUGGACCCCUCUAAGAUCGAAGAGGCGGUGCGCUCCAUGGUGAUGCGCUACGGCAGCCGCUUGUGGAGGCUCCGCGUGCUCCAGGCUGAAGUCAAAAUCAACAUCCGCCAGACCACUUUGGACAGCGCUGUGCCCAUCCGCCUGUUCAUCACCAACGAGUCCGGCUACUACCUGGACAUCAGCCUCUACAAAGAAGUGACCGACCCCAGAUCUGGAAAUAUCAUGUUUCACUCCUUUGGCAACAAACAAGGGCCCCAGCAUGGGAUGCUGAUCAACACUCCCUACGUCACCAAGGACCUGCUUCAGGCCAAGCGGUUCCAGGCCCAGUCCCUGGGGACCACCUACGUGUAUGACUUCCCGGAGAUGUUCAGGCAGGCUCUUUUUAAAAUGUGGGGCUCCCCAGACAAGUACCCCAAAGACAUCCUGACAUACACCGAAUUGGUGCUGGACCCUCAGGGCCAGCUGGCGGAGAUGAACCGACUUCCUGGAGGAAACGAGGUGGGCAUGGUGGCCUUCAAAAUGAGGUUUAAGACCCCCGAGUACCCGGAAGGGCGGAACGUUAUCCUCAUCAGCAAUGACAUCACCUUCCGAAUCGGAUCCUUUGGCCCCAGAGAAGACCUUCUGUACCUGCGGGCGUCCGAGAUGGCCCGAGCAGAGGGCAUCCCUAAAAUCUACCUCGCUGCCAACAGCGGGGCCCGUAUCGGCCUCGCAGAGGAGAUCAAACACAUGUUCCAGGUGGCUUGGGAGGACCCGGCAGACCCCCACAAGGGAUUUAAAUACCUGUACCUGACCCCGCAAGAUUACACGAAAAUCAGCCCUCUGAACUCCGUCCAUUGUAAACACAUCGAGGAAGAAGGAGAAUCCAGGUACGUCAUCACGGAUAUCAUUGGGAAGGAGGAAGGUCUGGGCGUAGAGAAUCUGCGAGGCUCGGCCAUGAUUGCCGGGGAGACCUCCCUGGCUUAUGAAGAGAUUGUCACCAUCAGCUUGGUGACCUGCCGGGCCAUUGGGAUCGGGGCCUACCUGGUGCGGCUGGGCCAGCGAGUGAUCCAGGUGGAGAACUCCCACAUCAUCCUGACCGGGGCAAUGGCUCUCAACAAGGUCCUGGGCAGAGAGGUUUACACAUCCAACAACCAGCUGGGCGGCGUACAGAUCAUGCACUACAAUGGCGUCUCCCACAUCACCGUGCCAGACGACUUCGAGGGUGUCUGUACCAUCCUGGAGUGGCUGUCCUAUAUGCCAAAGGAUAAUCACAGCCCAGUCCCUAUCAUCACACCCACUGACCCCAUUGACAGAGAAAUAGAAUUCCAACCGUCCCGCGUGCCCUACGACCCCCGGUGGUUGCUUGCAGGAAGGCCUCACCCAACUCUGAAGGGGUCCUGGCAGAGUGGAUUCUUCGACCAGGGCAGUUUCAAGGAGAUCAUGGCGCCCUGGGCCUCAACCGUGGUGACGGGGCGAGCAAGGCUGGGGGGUAUCCCCGUCGGGGUGAUUGCCGUGGAGACACGAACAGUGGAGGUGGCUGUGCCCGCAGACCCCGCCAACCCGGAUUCCGAGGCCAAGGUGAUCCAGCAGGCAGGCCAGGUGUGGCUCCCAGACUCGGCCUACAAGACGGCCCAGGCCAUCAAGGAUUUCAGCCGGGAGAACUUGCCCCUGAUGAUCUUUGCCAACUGGCGGGGGUUCUCGGGUGGCAUGAAAGACAUGUACGACCAGGUGCUGAAAUUUGGAGCCUACAUCUUGGAUGGCCUCCGGCAGUACAAACAGCCCAUCCUGGUCUACAUCCCGCCCUACGCGGAGCUCCGGGGAGGCUCUUGGGCAGUCAUGGACACCACUAUCAAUCCACUGUGCAUAGAAAUGUACGCGGACAAAGAGAGCAGGGGGAAUGUUCUAGAGCCGGAGGGAAUAGUGGAGAUCAAGUACCGGAAGAAAGAUCUGAUAAAGACCAUGAGAAGGAUUGACCCAACUUGCAAGAAGCUCGUGGAACAGCUCGGAACGUCUGAGCUCUCAGACGAGGACCGCAAGGAGCUGGAGGGCCAGCUGAAGGCCCGGGAGGACCUGCUGCUGCCCAUCUACCACGAGGUGGCGGUGCAGUUCGCCGACCUCCACGACAGGCCGGGCACUUUGCUGGAGAAGGGGCUCAUUGCUGACAUCCUGGAUUGGAAAACCACACGCACCUUCUUGUACUGGCGCCUGCGCCGGCUGCUGCUGGAGAGCCAGGUCAAGCAGGAGAUCCUGCAGGCCUGCAGUGAGCUCAGCCACGUGCACGUCCAGUCCAUGCUACGCCGCUGGUUCGUGGAGACGGAGGGGGCCGUCAAGGCCUACCUGUGGGACAACAACCAGAUGGUGGUGCAGUGGCUGGAGCAGCACUGGCAGGUGGAGGACGGGCUGCACUCCACCAUCCGCGAGAACAUCAAGUAUUUGAAGCGGGAUUCUGCCCUCAAGACCAUCCGAGGCCUGGUUCAAGAAAACCCCGAGGUGGCCAUGGACUCCCUGAUGUACAUAAGCCAGCACAUCAGCCCAGCCGAGCGGGCACAGGUCGUUCACCUCUUGUCCACCAUGGACAGCCCGGCCACCUCCUGACUCUGUUCCUCGCGGUCACUCGCAGGACCACAGGCAAGAGAAACCACACUGAUCCAUCAACCGCGGUCCUUCGCCAGGACCUUGGGGGUUUGGUUUUUAAAAUUCCUGAGUGUUGCUACAAGGCUGCUGACCCCAGACUCACUCCUAUUUCAAUAAAAGGCUCAGGAGUGCCCCUCUUCCAAGCA